AUGGCUUCAUGGAACGAAACCGUCCAGUUUUGCCAUUGGCGGGGUGUCACGUGUGGUCGUCGUCACCAGAGGAUCACGGGGCUGAACCUGGAGUCCUUGAACCUUACAGGAUCCAUAUCACCACAUGUCGGGAAUCUGAGUUUUCUGAGAGUCCUUAAUCUCCAAAACAACAGCUUCAGCCAUGAAAUCCCACCAGAAAUCGGCCGUCUGCACAGAUUGCAAGAUUUACUAUUGAACAAUAAUUCACUUGGUGGUGAAAUUCCCUCCAACUUGUCAGCUUGCUCACAACUACUCCAAAUUGAUCUCGGUCACAAUUCGCUGGUAGGAAGAAUUCCUGAAGAGCUUGGCACCUUGUCAAAGCUAAGAAUACUUGUAAUUCGCUACAACAACCUCAGAGGAAGUAUCCCAUACUCUUUCAGAAACUUAUCAACUCUUGAGGUGCUUUCUGCAUCUUCUAAUUAUUUGAAUGGGAGCAUUCCAGAUAUUUUCAGCCAGCUGACAAAAUUAACAGAGAUUCGAUUCGUGGACAAUUCUCUGUCUGGUAUGAUUCCACCCUCCAUCUUCAAUCUUGGAACUAUCCCAGUAUCAAUAUCUAAUGCCUCAAGUCUAGGUCAUCUAGGAAUGCAAGGAAACAGUCUACAUGGUAAAGUCCCAUCUUUGGCAAAUUUGCACAAGCUUGAGAGAUUUUCUCUGACCUCUAACAAUCUAGGAAGUGGGGGACUUAAUGAUUUGAGCUUUAUCUGUGAUUUGACUAGAGCCACCAAUUUAAAACACCUAGGCGUUAAUAUGAACAAUUUUGGGGGUGUCUUACCUGAAUGCACAGCAAACUUGUCUUCUUCUCUUGCACGGUUCUACGUAAGUGACAAUAAAUUAGUAGGAAGACUCCCAAAUGGGAUUGGAAAUUUAGUUAACUUGGAGAGCCUAUUUCUGUCUAUGAACCAAUUUUCUGGUGAAAUCCCUCCUGCUCUAGGCAAGCUUCAAAACUUAUAUCAAUUAGAUUUAGCUAUAAACUCUCUUUCUGGUGAAAUUCCUUCCUCUUUCGGAAACUUAAGUCGAUUAACUAAAUUAUAUUUGGAUGACAAUAACCUUCAAGGAAAUAUACCUCUAAGUUUAGCAGACUGUCACAAUUUGGAAAUCUUGUCUGUUCCAAGAAACAAUCUCAGCGGUAUCAUUUCCCCAAAAAUCAUCGGUCUAUCAUCUUCGUAUAUUUUUUUGGAUUUAUCUCGAAAUCGUUUCACCGGUCCCUUUCCUCAGGAAGUUGGAAAACUUAUAAAUCUUGAGUAUUUAGAUAUUUCCGAAAACAUGUUUUCUGGUGAAAUUCCAUCAGGUCUUGGUAGCUGCAUAAAAGUAGAAAAACUACACAUGCAAGGAAACUUCUUCCAAGAAACAAUUCCAUUGUCUUUGGCUUCUCUAAGAGGUAUUCAAGAAUUAAACCUUUCUCGCAACAACUUGUCUGGAAAGAUUCCAGAAUUCUUGGAGAGCUUUAAACUUCUCCAAUCUUUGAAUCUGUCGGAUAAUAAUUUUGAGGGCAUGGUGCCAGCCAAAGGAGUUUUUACAAAUGCAACUGCCACAUCAGUUAGAGGAAAUAGUAAUCUUUGCGGGGGCCUACUUGAGUUUCAUUUGCCAAAAUGCAAAUUCAAACAAACGAAAAAGGGAGGAUUAAGCCUAACCUUGAAAUUCAUAAUCUCUAUUGGUUGUGCUCUUCUUGGAGGAACUUUUGCAUUUACUUUUUUGUACCAUUGUUGUGUAAGGAGGGACAUAAAGGAUGAUAGCUCUAGUGGUUCAGAAAAAUUUAUACGGUUAUCUUACCAAAGUCUUCUAAAAGCUACUGACGGAUUCUCCUCUUCCAAUUUGAUCGGUGCGGGCAGUUUUGGAUCCGUGUACAAAGGAUCACUUGGCCAAGGUGAAACAACAAUUGCUGUCAAGGUACUCAACCUUGUUCAUCCUGGAGCUUCAAAAAGUUUCAAAGCUGAGUGUGAGGCCUUGAAAAACAUUAGACACCGUAAUCUUGUGAAGGUACUCUCUGCCUGUUCUGGUGUUGAUUAUCAUGGUCAUGACUUCAAGGCCUUAAUUUACGAGUACAUGGUUAAUGGGAGCUUAGACGAGUGGUUGCAUCCAGCUCCCACAGUUGGUGAGACAAAUGAAAGCCCGAGGAGUCUAAAUUUUUCUCAGAGGUUGAACAUUGCUAUCGAUGUCGCUAUGGCAUUGGAUUAUCUACAUCAUCAAUGUGAAACGCCAAUAGUUCACUGUGACCUCAAGCCAAGCAAUGUUCUUCUCAAUGAUGAUAUGAUUGGACAUGUUGGCGACUUUGGGUCAAGUUCCCUUGGAGUAAAAGGAACAAUUGGUUACACUCCUCCAGAGUAUGGUAUGGGAAAUGAAGUCUGGACACAAGGUGAUGUGUAUAGUUAUGGCAUCCUACUGUUGGAAUUGUUUACGGGAAAAAGACCAACAGAAAAGAUAUUUCAAGGAAGUGUAAACCUUCAUAAUUUUGUCAAGACUGCUUUGCCUCAUCAGGUUGAACAGAUUGUGGAUCCUGUUCUGGUUCAAGAAAGAGGGGAAGGGAUCGUUAGCACAUACAAUAAUCUUAAUGGAGAUAGUACAAGGGCUUUCAUCAAUAUUCAAGAAAGCUUGAUUGCCAUUUUAGAAGUUGGUGUUGCUUGUUCUGCAGAGUUGCCAAGAGAACGGUUGGACAUUCAUGAUGCUCUGGCAGAGAUGUGUCGGAUACGAAACAAACUUUGA